AUGCUGAACGACUAUUACGAAUAUUUACAAACAUUGGACAAAGACAAGCUAAUUGAAUUUCUAUACCAGCCAAAAGUACACAAAAAAACAUUUACAGGCAUUUGCAUGCGAAUGGUUGCUUUAAAAAUAUCUUAUGAUGGAAGGAAAUACAGUGGAGUGGCCAGGCAGUUUGGAAAACAGACAAUUGAUGGAUAUAUUUCGAAUGCACUUGAGAUAACAGGACUUGGAAGUAAGCUUGUGUAUGCAGGACGGACAGAUGCAGGAGUUAGUGCAGUAGGAAUGAUAGCUUCAGUACAUGUUGUGUCAAGAAUAGCCAAUCCAAGCAGAGGAUAUACGCUUGGAGAUGAAGAUCACAAGGAAUACAGAUACGACUUGAUUUUGAAUACAUACCUUCCUGAAGACAUUCGUGUGAUUGGAUGGGCGCCUGUUCCUGAUGACUUCAGUGCAAGGUUUACAUGCAUACAGCGACAGUACAGGUAUUAUUUUCACAAAGAUAGUCUUGAUUUGAGCAAGAUGCAGGACUCAACACAUAGAAUCAAGGGGAUGACGAAUUUCUACUAUUUUUGCAAGCAUUCAGACAAGAAUGCCUUGUAUGAACGAACCAUAGACGAAUGCAGAAUCAUUGAUGAUGGUGAUAUGUAUUAUUUGGAUAUCAAGGCACGUGCAUUCCUGCAUAACAUGGUUAGGAAGAUAAUAUGGGCAAUUCUAAAAGAUGGACGAGGUGAAGCAUAUGAUGAGAAGCGGAUUGGCUUAGAAGAGCCGUAUCCUCUGGUGUUUUACAAUGCAAUCUAUCCGGAGGAGCUGCAAUUUAUCAUGGAUCAACGUUGUAAUAUGCUGUUUGACCAACAGAUAAGAGAUGCCCGAAUUAGAUGCAAAAUAGCAAAGCUAAGAUUUGAGCAUAGUUGUCAAGGAUUAUUUAUGGACUUCGGUGAUGAAUAA